AUGUUGUUGGGACCAUAUACAUUGGAAAUUAUUGUUGACGGCUCACCUAUUCCCGAGCUUAGCGAACCCGUGAGAAAUUUAAAAGUACCCACUUCCACCGGUCCUUCGUACGUUUUUAAUGAAUUGACCGGACAAUGGCAUAUUAGUGAUUCCAUCACUUUGGCCAAAGUACGAGAUCUUGGUUCAAACUUUGCCGUUAGGUUCUCCUCAUCAUCAGUUUCACCUUGCUCACCCCUAAUGGCUUAUCUCGUUAUUGAUGGUCAAUUGGACUAUCGUUACGUGGAAAUUUAUAAUACUGAAUUCCAUUCGCGAGAUCAUUUCUUAUCAUCUGAUAAAUCCACAAAAUAUUUCUUUAAAUUCAAUCAUUCCAUUUGGUCUGAUGCAUAUCAACCCGAGGGUUGUGACGGUUUCGAUCUUAACACAAGAUAUGGAGGUCUUGGUGCGGUUUCCUUGUAUUUUUACAGGGCAAGGUCAAUUAACGAAAAAUGUGAUAUCAUGCCACAAGUUGACAUCCGACAACUCGUCCUACCGGAAAGAAAGGUUACCAGAGAUAUUACAAUCUCUACAGGCUUUGAUGUGACCUUUAACCCUUUAGGCCUUACCAUUCCCAAUAUGAAUUAUUUACAAUCUUUGUAUAGCAUUCCUAUUGGAGUUUUGCACUUGCAUUAUAGACCUGUAAAUUUUGUUUCGUUACCUAUUCAUUAUCCUCCAUGUGAAUUUAUCACACAUUAUUUUACUCGCGACACGAUGAUGGAUCCAAAGCAAGGAUCCAAGUAUGGUGGAAUCUUACCAAUCAAGCAAGGACCGGAAUGUAAUGAAUCCUUACAAGUACCCGAUUAUAAUGAAAUCUUGUCAAGAAAGCAAGAACCCGAAUGUAAUGAAUUCUUAUCAUUAAGACAUGUACCAAAAUUAAGUGGAUUUACACCGAUAAAGCAUGAAGACUCGAACCAAUUCAUUACGAAUGUCAGGGAAGAAAUUAAAGAAGAAUUAAACCUUCCAAUCAAGAUUGAAACGACUUGUAUGAUCACCAAGCGCCGUGAUUUUGUGGAUCGCAAGAAAAACAAAGCUGGAGGACGUACGAAGACGAAUAAAAAUCAUCGUACUUGUAAGAAAAAUUUACGUAAACAAUAA